CUUCUUCUCGCAAGCCUCACGAUCUGUGAACCCAUGACAUGGCAGACAGAGACAGGGGAUGGGAAAUCGGGUUUGGGGAGAUCCAGAGCGGCGGUGGGGUGGCGCGUAAUGUGUAGGUAAUGUACAAGGUAUGCCGCCGGGUGGCGAAAAGGAAAUCCUGCUUUUGUUGUUUCUUUUUUUGUGUGGCUUUGCCAUUUCCUUUUUUCAUCUAUAUCUUCUAAGAGUUACAACAACAGGGGUUCAAAGGAUGGUGGAUUCGCGAGGGAUCAUGAUGAUCCUUUUUUUAUUGCGAGGCGGUGGACGAGGCGUCGAAUCAGGUUGGUAUACUUGCUUCUUUGUUGGUGGUGGAUGCUCCAGAGUCCAGGGUAAUGAAUCACGGGUCAUCAUCAUCAAGUGGGUAGAUAUCUUCCGAGGAUAUGAUGAGAAUUCCAAAUGCCAGGGGUGGUUUUGAUAUUAUGUUUCCUUCGUUCCGUUCGGCCGUUCUCAGGUGUUCAUGUGCGUAAGGGGAGAUGUGAUACGAGCGAGGCGAUGCGAUGCUGCAAUUC